CUGGGCUGCACAGCCAGGUGUCAGGUGCGUCUCUGCUGAUCUGAGUCUACCCUGCAGCAUGGACCUGCAUCUUCCCUGGAGGAUCUCCAGGGCUGGAGGGACGACUGCCAUGCACCGACGGCUCAUCCAUCCGCAGAGCAGGGCAGUGGGAGGAGACGCCAUGACCCCCAUCCUCACGGUCCUGAUCUGUCUCGGGCUGAGUCUGGGCCGCAGGACCCACGUGCAGGCAGGGCCCCUCCCCAAGCCCACCCUCUGGGCUGAGGCAGGCUCUGUGAUCACCCAGGGGAGUCCCGUGACCCUCAGGUGUCAGGGGAGCCUGGAGACCCAGGAGUACCGUCUAUAUAUAGAGAAAAAAACAGCACCCUGGAUUACACAGAUGCCACAGGAGCUUGUGAAGAAGGGCCAGUUCCCCAUCCCAUCCGUCACCUGGGAACACGCAGGGCGGUAUCGCUGUUUCUACGGUAGCCACACUGCAGGCUGGUCAGAGCUCAGUGACCCCCUGGAGCUGGUGGUGACAGGAGCCCACAGCAAACCCACCCUCUCAGCCCUGCCCAGCCCUGUGGUGACCUCAGGAGAGAAUGUGACCCUGCAGUGUGGCUCACAGCUGGCAUUUGACGGCUUCAUUCUGUGUAAGGAAGGAGAAGAUGAACACCCACAAUGCCUGAACUCCCAGCCCCGUACCCGUGGGUGGUCCUGGGCCGUCUUCUCCGUGGGCCCCGUGAGCCCGAGUCGCAGGUGGUCGUACAGGUGCUAUGCUUAUGACUCGCGCUCUCCCUAUGUGUGGUCUUCACCCAGUGAUCUCCUGGAGCUCCUGGUCCCAGGCGUUUCUAAGAAGCCAUCGCUCUCAGUGCAGCCGGGUCCUGUCGUGGCCCCUGGGGAGAAGCUGACCCUCCAGUGUGGCUCUGAUGUCGGCUACGACAGAUUCACUCUGUACAAGGAGUGGGGACGUGACUUCCUCCAGCGCCCUGGCCGGCAGCCCCAGGCUGGGCUCUCCCAGGCCAACUUCACCCUGGGCCCUGUGAGCCGCUCUUAUGGGGGCCAGUACAGAUGCUCUGGCGCACACAACCUCUCCUCUGAGUGGUCGGCCCCCAGUGACCCCCUGGACAUCCUGAUCACAGGACAGAUCCGUGCCAGACCCUUCCUCCUGGUGCAGCCGGGCCCCACAGUGGCCUCAGGAGAGAAUGUGACCCUGCUGUGUCAGUCACAGGGACGGAUGCACACUUUCCUUCUGACCAAGGAGGGGACAGCUGAUCCCCUGCUGCGUCUGAGAUCAAAGCGCCAAUCUCAUAAGUACCAGGCUGAAUUCCCCAUGGGUCCUGUGACCUCAGCCCACGCGGGGACCUACAGGUGCUACGGCUCACUCAGCUCCAACCCCUACCUGCUGACUCACCCCAGUGACCCCCUGGAGCUCGUGGUCUCAGGAGCAGCUGAGACCUUCACCCCACCACAAAACAAGUCCGACUCCAAGGCUGGUGAGUGAGGAGAUGCUUGCGGUGAUGACGCUGGGCACAGAGGGUCAGGUCCUGUCAAGGGGAGCUGGGUGUCCUGGGUGGACAUUUGAAGAAUUACGUUCAU